CGGCAGUAUCUUUGGGAUGAUGAUAUAUAAUCAAUCACGCCGCUUGACAAUCUCAGAGGUCAGUGACCACGAAAUCGCCGUCAAUCCACUAGCCUCUUGGUCUCGGAGAGUUUUACUUUUGAAGAUCAUCAUGUCUCGUCCGGUACUAUCAUCCGUCGUUCGCCGGCUAUCGCGACCUCACUCAUCCACCUCCACGUUUUCGCCAUCGGCCGCGCCUCCGGUGAACUUCGCCGCAUCAUUUUGCGACACGGCGUUUUUCCGGUCCAGAUUGCGUCCUCUUUCGAAGGCCACAAGAGGCAUCUCGUCCCAAAAGCUUACUCCGCGAUACUCCGUGCUUUCCAACAAUACGAUCCGCCAGCGCUACCCUUUCUCCUCGUCAGCGAUCCGGACCAACGCGAAGAUCUUACAAAACCCCCGAGUUGACGAGGACGGAAAAGAACUCACGAUCAAGAUAUCCCCGCGGGCCGCAGAACGGCUCCGUGAGAUCACAGACCCGACCUCCUCCCCGUCCGCGACGAAGGAGGAAAACCCCUACGACCACCUCCGGAUCACGGUGACGAGCGGCGGCUGCCAUGGGUUCCAAUAUAUGAUGUCCCUCGAAGCAGCGUCAAAGAUUGACCCCGAAGAAGAUACCAUCUUUGAAGCGGAGGACGCUCCUGCUGGACCUGGCGAGGCCAAAGUCGUCAUGGAUGAACCUUCGUUGGAGCUGCUUCACGGAAGUACGGUGGAUUACACGAUGGAGCUGAUUGGAAGUCAGUUCAAGAUCGUCGACAACCCGAGAGCUUCGAGUAAUUGCGGCUGCGGAACGAGUUUCGACGUUCUGGAGUAGGGACGGGGAGCUGCGGCUCAUGGUUGUCGGACUUCUUCUGCUUUAAUUAUGAAGGCGGUCGUGCUCUGUUUCGCCCAUGUAUCAUACUUGGGGUUGGCGUGCAUCAAA